AUGCGUCGUGCGCUCGCCUGCGCGCUCGCCGCGGCGCUGUGCUGCGCCAGCGCGCACGCGAGCGCGUCGACACCGCGCGCGUCCGGUGCCCCCGGCGCGCGCCCGUGGAUCGUCGAACGCGCUGAACUGCACGGCCUGAGCACGAACGCGCUCGAGGAAGCUUCGAGCAACGUUGAAACGAUCGUCUCGCGAGAUUGCUUCCUCGUGGCGAAGGAUGGGGCGAUCGUGCACGAGUCCUACUACGGCGCGAACGACGCCAACACCCAAACGACGACGGAUGGCGUCGGCGCGCUCGCGCUGGUCGCGGCGGUCGGCGUCGCGGUGCAGCAAGGAUUGUUUGAGUUAGACGCGCCGUUGUCGAAGUACGACUUGCGCUCGGUUGAGGAGGCGUUCGGGGCGUACGCGGAUAAGGUGAGCGUGCGACAGCUGUUGGCGCAGACGCACGGCGGCGGUUCGCGCGAACCGGGGACGACGUUCGAACGCGACGACCCGAGAAAUGAUGGGUUCUUGGAUAUAGUCGGUGACAUAAUUGAGUUGAGAAGUGGGAUGAAGCUCUCGGAAUGGGCGCGCGUGAAUGUCGGGGAAAAACUCGGCGCGCCGGAGAUGUUUGCGAGCUCGUCUAGGGCGGACGGGAACGACGGCGCGUCACUUUGGAGAGAUUUGCGAAUGUCUUGUCGCGACGCCGCCAAGCUCGGACAGUUAUUCGUGAACCAAGGAAGGUGGACGAGCGUCGAUGGGAGCACGCGACAGAUGUUUGAUCCCACCUUUGCGGUAUCGGCGUUGUCGGUGAGUUAUCCGUCGCUCAACCAAGCGCACGGCUUGAUGACGUGGCUUCACGUCCCGGUGAGCGCAACCGGGACGCAAUGCUGCGCACCGCGAACGACGAAAACGUCGUGCGGAAUGAGUGCAGAAGCCAUCAGUGGGCCGAUACUCGGGAGAAACGCUCCGCACGCGCCCGUGGCUGUGAGCUUGGGCGAUGAAGGAUCGAUGAUUUUCAUGUUGCCGGAGACGAAGACGGUGGUGGUCACUCUGGGACGCACAGCGCCCGGAUCACCUGCGUGUCCAGUGGCACCCUCGGAUGUCGUCGCCAAGGUGGGUAGCGGUCGAAGAGACGAUGCGUAUUUGAUGCGCACGAUCUGGUCUGCCAUGGGCGGCGCGCUGAAGCCGGUGGAGUUGGACUCGCCGACGAAAAAGUCAAAACGCACCGCCGCGCUCGAGCAUGACUGGCACAGAUGGGAGGAAAAGAAGGCAUCGAAACAUUCAAAAAAGCAUAGCACAGAUAGCGACGAUCGCGUGGCGAGCGAAGGCUCGAGCGAGGGCGCGUCGAGCAGUAUUCUCGACGCCGUGCGCGAAGCCAUCACGGAAGUCAUGGGGGGCGAGGCGAAGAAGGAUGGAUUAAUUCACGACGAUCACGCGACGUACGAGGCUCCCGGCGACGCUGGCGAGAUGAAACCGACGACGUUUCGGUUACCAAUGCCAAGUCCUGGCGACUUAGCCGCGGAGGAGUACGAGAAGCGUCAGAUUGAAUACGCGCGUCAAAUGCAAGAACGCGAGUACAAAAAGUUUGAAGCCGGAGUGCAGAAGGAUUAUCGCAAAGCGUUGAAGCAAACGCGCGAAAAAUACCAAAAGGCUAUGCGUGCGGCGCAGUCAAUUACAAAUGUAGCUCAGCGUGCGCAAGCAGAAGACGUCGCCGCGGCAGAGUACCUCGAAGCUGUCAACAAGAUUGAAGAGACGGGUAAGCAGGCGUUACAGCAGUUGGACUCUUGGCGUAAGGCGACGCUUCCUCCGUUGAAGGGCGAUGAAGACGUCGGUUUCGGCGCGUCAAAGAACAAGGGAAGUGAUCUCGGCUCGGUCGCCGCACACCGUGCGAAACCGAACGCCAUCGACGAUCUUUCCUCCGUCAUGAGCGGCGUCUCUGAAAAGAUGCGCAGCAUCGGUCUUCGCGCCUCGGAGAAAAUUGAUUUCGAGGACAAUAGGCGUGGCGACACCAAAGAAGACGCCGAUGACGGCACGUUUUCCUUGCCAAAACUCGGUGAUACGCACGUUGUCCCGCAUUCAAUGCGUGGAUCUUGCGUGUGCGGGUGCCCGAACACGAAGACGUCGCAAGCGACGUGCUUUGACGUCGACGCCAGCGCGCUCGGAUCGUCCGAGCAAGCCGCUGACGCGUGUUCCGCGAUGCACUCGCGCGCUGGACUUGGAUGCCCGCACACGGGCAUUGUGCAGCAGUGUGGUGAAGUGAUCGGCAAGCGAGGUUUUGCGAGUGACGAUCUUGAGUGUAGACAAGUUCGAAAAUGUCCGCGCUCAAAGGAAGACGCGGCGAAAACGGCCUUUUUGGCGGCGGUGUUUGAUUGCACGCCGACGAGGUUCGCAUCGUGCUCAUUCGUUGCAGAACCGUGUGCGCACUCGCACGUGGUAAUCAAACCAGUUCUUCAAACGGAAGACGACGCGUCCGCACUCGCCCGACCGCAACAUUUGAGGCGCGCCGCGCACAGGUUCCACGAGCACCAGCACGCGCACUUGCACGGCAACGCCAUGCAACGAUGGUUUCAACAAUCGUCCGCCGAAUUGAGCGUUGCCUUAGCCGUCGUCAUCCUCGCUUUGGCCUUGAUGACCGUUGCGAGCAAGUGGCCGACCGCGGUGACGGGCGGCGAUAUGUUCUUUGGGCAGUUACCGCCGAGACAAGUUCGAAGAAUGUCGCCGGGCGUCGCGGAACGCGCGCCGCUGCUCGCCUCAAAGACGCGUCAACCGCACGUGCGAAGCGUCUCGGUUUCAUCCGAAAUCCCGCCGAGCUCGCCGAGCUCGCCGAGCUCGGAUGAAGACGAGUCGCCGGUUCGACGGGAUGUCGUGCAGCGAUUUCCGCGUCCGAUCAAGGUGACGCAACCGCAAACCGGCGAGGCGUACGAAGAAAUCGUCAAGCCGACUCGCCGCGUCCCCGUUUCGGAAGUUUCCGCCGACGAUGACGACGACUCGGCGGUGUGAUCGGGGUGCGACUGGAUAUAGGU